GCCAAUCAGGGCGCUCCUUGUUGGGGAGACACUCGCAUUCUCAUAUGUUGAGGCCCUUGUGCUGUCAGCAGGGAGGAAGCCCGCAGUGCCACAGUCUCAUCAUCUCUGCCGAAGAUGCCGAAGAUGCCGCAGACAAACAAAUCCAGAAACGCCCCGACGUGUGACUCCUCAGACUCGGUCCAAGCAGGAGCCUCAGCAGAAGAUGCAGCCCCAGUGUCCCGGGAGGAGAGCCGGGCUGUGGGGGACGCAGGAGGAGGAGGAGGAGGAGGAGAGGGCAAUGCUGGAGACAGCGAGAUAAUCAAGUCCCCCAGUGACCCCAAACAGUACAGGUACGUUGUGCUAGACAACGGGCUCCGAGCUCUGCUCAUCUCAGACUACAGCGGCCCAUCGGCGUCUGGAGACGAGGACUCGGACGAGGAAGAUGAGGGUGAAGAGGAGGAGGAGGAGGAGGAGGAUGAAUCUGGAGGUGAUUCAGAGGACGGGUCUGAGGAAGACGACGACGAUGAUUAUGGAGAUGAUGAAGAGGAUGACAAUGAGGGGAAAAAGAAGAAGGGAAAUGCAGAGAAACAGUCGGCAGCAGCACUGUGUGUUGGAGUGGGCAGCUUCAGCGACCCCAGUGACCUCCCCGGCCUCGCUCACUUUCUGGAGCACAUGGUGUUCAUGGGAAGCGAGAAGUACCCCUCAGAAAACGGCUUUGAUGCUUUCCUCAAGAAGCAUGGUGGGAGCGACAACGCCUCCACCGACUGCGAGAGGACCAUCUUCCAGUGGGCUCAGUUCUUCAUCUGCCCCCUGAUGAUCCGAGACGCCAUUGAUAGGGAAGUGGAGGCCGUUGACAGCGAGUACCAGCUGGCUAAGCCGUCAGACUCCCACAGGAAGGAGAUGCUGUUUGGCAGUUUGGCCAAACCUGGACACCCUAUGGGCAAGUUCUGUUGGGGGAAUGCCCAGACUCUGAAGCAGGAGCCAAAGCAGAAGAAGAUCAAUGUCUAUAAGCGACUGCGAGCCUUCUGGAAGAAAUACUACUCUGCCCACUACAUGACUCUGGCUGUGCAAUCAAAAGAGAAGCUGGACACUCUGGAGGAGUGGGUGAGAGAGAUCUUCAGCAAGGUGCCUAACAAUGAUCUUCCCAAGCCAGAUUUCUCUGAUAUGCUGGAUCCCUUUGACACACCAGCCUUUAACAAGCUCUACAGAGUCGUCCCUGUUGGGAAGCUUCAUGCUCUGAAUAUCACUUGGGCCCUCCCCCCUCAGGAGAAAUACUACAGAGUGAAGCCUCUCCACUACAUCUCUUGGCUGAUUGGCCACGAAGGCACAGGAAGCAUCCUCUCAGUGCUCAGGAAGAAGUGCUGGGCUCUGGCUUUGUUUGGAGGAAACAGUGAAACUGGCUUUGACCAAAACACCACCUACUCUAUCUUCUCCAUCUCCAUCACCCUCACUGAUGAAGGCUUCCAAAACUUCUACCAGGUGACUCACCUGGUGUUCCAGUACCUGAAGAUGCUGCAGACCCUUGGACCACAGAAAAGAAUAUAUGAGGAGAUUCAGAAGAUUGAAGCGAACGAGUUUCACUACCAGGAGCAAAUUGACCCUAUAGAGUACGUUGAGGACAUCUGUGAGAACAUGCAGCUGUUCCCUAAAGACGACUUCCUGACAGGAGAUCAGCUGAUGUUUGAGUUCAACCCAGAAGUGAUCAGUGCAGCUUUGUCCCUCCUCACCCCUGAGAAAGCCAACCUGAUGCUGUUGUCACCAGAACAUGAGGGCCAGUGUCCCCUCCGGGAGAAGUGGUUUGGCACACAAUACAGUGUUGAGGACGUCGAGCAGGAGUGGAUGGAGCGGUGGACAGGAAACCUGGAGCUCAACGGUGACCUCCACCUUCCUGCUGAAAACAAGUUCAUCGCCACUGACUUCACCCUGAAGCUCUCUGACUGCCCUGACACCGAAUUCCCUGUCCGGAUAGCCGACAGCGACAGGGGCUGCCUGUGGUACAAGAAGGACAACAAAUUCAAAAUCCCUAAAGCCUACAUCAGAUUCCACGUAAUCUCUCCUGUAAUCCAGCAGUCUGCUAAGAAUGUGGUCUUGUUUGACCUGCUGGUCAACAUCCUAGGCCACAACCUUGCAGGGCCAGCCUAUGAGGCUGAGGUGGCCCAGCUGGAGUAUAAACUGGUAGCCGGUGAACACGGCCUGGUCAUCAAGGUCAAAGGAUUUAACCACAAACUGCCUGCGCUGUUCCACGUCAUUAUUGACCACCUGGCUGAUUUUGCCGCCUCCCCUGAUGUCUUCAGCAUGUUUGCAGAGCAGCUCAAGAAAACCUACUUUAAUAUCCUCAUUAAACCUGAGAAACUCGGCAAGGAUGUGCGUUUGCUGAUCCUGGAGCACUCUCGCUGGUCCAUGGUGGAGAAGUAUCAGGCUCUGACAGCAGGUCUGAACAUCAAUGAGCUGAUGGAGUUCAGCCAGAGUUUUAGGGCCGAGCUGUACACUGAGGGACUGGUUCAGGGCAACUUCAGCAGCGCUGAGUCAAAACUGUUCCUGCAGUAUGUCACAGAAAAGUUGCAGUUCUCCAAGCUGCCAACAGAGGUGCCGGUGAUGUUCAGAGUAGUUGAGCUUCCACUGAAGCAGCACAUCUGUAAGGUCAAAUCACUCAAUAAGGGAGAUGCCAACUCCGAGGUCACCGUUUACUACCAGUCUGGCCCCAAAGCCUUGAGGGAACACACACUGAUGGAGCUGUUGGUGAUGCACAUGGAGGAACCGUGCUUUGACUUUCUCCGGACCAAAGAAACUCUGGGGUACCAUGUCUACCCCACCUGCAGAAACACCUCAGGUGUUCUGGGUUUCUCUGUCACCGUGGAAACACAGGCCACCAAGUUCAAUACGGAGCUGGUGGAGUUAAAGAUUGAAGAGUUCUUGGCUUCAUUUGGGGAGAAGCUCAAUUCGCUGACUGAGGAGGCCUUUAAUACUCAGGUGACUGCUUUAGUGAAGCUGAAAGAGUGUGAGGACACACACCUCGGGGAGGAGGUGGACAGGAACUGGGCCGAGGUGGUUACACAGCAGUAUGUGUUUGACAGGCUCAACAGAGAGAUCGAGGCUCUGAAGCAGAUGACCAGGACCGAGCUAGUCUCCUGGUUCAAAGAACAUAGAGGACAAAACAGCCGCAAACUCAGCGUGCAUGUGGUGGGAUUUGGUGCUGAAGAGAUUGAUGAGGAGGGCGGUGGUAAAAAACAAGAAGGAGUAAAGGGCAAAGAGGAGGAUUUAAGUGGCUCUACUUACGGCGAGGUGUCUAAGCUCACCUUCCUCACUGCCUCACCCAAGAUGACGGGUUCCAUAGCCAUCAUGGACAUUCCUGCUUUCAUUAAAGGCCUGCCCCUCUUCCCCUACCACAAGAUACUAGAAUAAACUCAGGCUAUGAGACAAGCAGAUGGCUGCGCUUUGCCUCUCACUGAGCCACAUUCAGGGACUCUGCAUCAUUGGAGACGUAGGCACUUAACAUGUGGAGGUGAAGGAAGGUUGAAACGGCUUCAGCUGCUCUCUGGACUUGGAUUCUGUCUUUGGGGCCCUGAUGUAGAUUUUACCCACACUGUGUGCAUAAGCAAAAAGCUUGGAAGUGAUGAUAGAGUUUUCUUUUAGCUAAUUGAUAAUCUAUUCUGCUUUCUCACACUCAAUUAUUUUCUAUCCUCAGACACUGGGAGUGUGGGAGCACUCUAUCUAUUUCUCUAUCCCACUGACUGAGAGUCUUUGAAUCAAAUUCUCAUUUAUUUGGUUCUCUGAGCUCUGCUGUUAUUUUUACUCCAAAUCCCUGUCUUUUACACUGUUUGUGUUGGAGCCAAGAUUGAGUUUUAAUACCAUUGGAAAACAUGAAUCAACUGUGAAAGCUUCGUAAAUGCUGAGUCCUUUGAACUCCAGAUGUGUGUAUUUGAGUGAUUGCAAGCUCAAUUUAAAGCUCUGCUGUGCACUACUGUUAUUAGCUGACCUGGAUCAUGUCAUGGAACUGUGCAAAGAAAUAAAUCAAUGAGUGUUGAGUGAAUGAAUUAAGCAAUGUACUGACUACAGAAAACAGACUUAAACCUAAUAAAGGACUAGUGUGGAGGAUUUUGUGGCAUCUA